GGCGGCGGCUACGGUGGCGGCGGCGGCGGCGGUUAUGGUGGCGGCGGCGGUCAUGGUGGCGGUGGUUUUGGACUUUCCGAUUCCUAUGGUCCACCUCCGGAUCACGGACCGAAGGGCAUAUGGAAAAAGAAGUUGGUAUGGAAACCUGAAUGGAAGCAGAUUUGGAAAACAGAGUCCAAGUUGAUCUGGAAACAAGAGUGGAAGAAGAUACAGGUGCCGGUUUGGAAAGAGAUUCAAGUGCCCGCGUGGAAAGAGAUCAAAGUACCCGUCUGGAAGAAGGUCCAAAAGCCCGUUUGGAAGCAGAUUCAAGUACCAGUUUGGAAGGAAAUUCAGGUGCCAGCUUGGAAGAAGGUCUGGAAGCCUGUUUGGAAAGAAAUCCAAGUCCCCGUGUGGAAAGAAAUUCAAGUGCCCGAUUGGAAGAAAAUCUGGGUGCCGGAAUGGAUUAAAAUCGGCAUACCGGGAGAGCAGUACGUGGGCAAGGAUCAUCAUGGCUGGCAGUAUACCAGCCAUGAUCUUUGGAAGAAGAAGCUGAUAUGGAAGCCAGUUUGGAAGAAGAUUUGGAGAACGGAAAAGAAGCAGAUUUGGGUGAGCGACAAGAAAUUAGAAUGGAAGGCCGAAUGGAAACAAAUCUGGAAAACGGAGAAGAAGCAGAUCUGGGUGACGGACAAGAAGCUGGUCUGGCAGGAGGAAUCGGUGCAAGUAUGGGUACCACAGAAGAAGCAGAUCUGGAUCACGCAGAAGAAACAGGUGUGGAAAGACGAAUGGAAGAGCAAGUGGGUUCCGGUUUGGAAGGACGUGCAGGUACCGGCUUGGAAGAAGAUCUGGAAGCCCGUCUGGGAGAAAGUUUGGGUCCCCAUCGAGUCUCAUCACGACGACGGUCAUCACGGUUACAAGUAGAUCGUCCUCGAGGGUCACGUUCGGCCGAUUCGAUCUUUCUUCUGCGCAUGUAUCUCGUGACAUCCGAGAAUCGAAA